AUGCAGCAAAAUAACAGCGUAACUGAGUUUGUACUAUUAGGAUUGACCCAAGAUCCUAUGAGACAGAAAGUGGUAUUUGUAAUCUUCUUCAUUUUUUAUGUGGGAACUGUGGCAGGGAAUUUGCUUAUUAUUGUGACCAUCAAGUCCAGCCGGACACUUGAGAGCCCCAUGUACUUUUUCCUAUUUUAUUUGUCCCUUGCUGAUUCCUGUUUUUCAACUUCCACAGCCCCCAGACUAAUUGUGGAUGCACUCUCUGCAAAAAAAAUCAUCUCUUACAAUGAGUGUAUGACUCAAGUCUUUUCACUACAUUUGUUUGGCUGCAUGGAGAUCUUUGUCCUCAUCCUCAUGGCCGUUGAUCGCUACGUGGCCAUCUGUAAGCCCUUACGUUACCCAACCAUCAUGAGCCGGCAGGUCUGCACCAUCCUGAUUGUUCUUGCAUGGAUAGGGUCUUUUAUACAUUCUAUAGCCCAGAUUAUCCUGGCCUAGUUGCCUUUCUGUGGACCCAAUUUGAUUGAUCAUUACUGCUGUGAUUUGCAGCCCUUGCUGAAACUUGCUUGCAUGGACACUUACGUGAUCAACACGCUCUUGGUGUCUAACAGCGGGGCCAUUUGCUCAAGCAGUUUUGUGAUAUUGAUGAUCUCAUACAUUGUCAUCUUGCAUUCGCUGAGAAACCACAGUGCAGAAGGGAGGAAAAAAGCUCUCUCUACUUGCACUUCCCACAUCAUUGUAGUAGUCUUAUUCUUUGGUCCAUGUAUAUUUAUUUAUACACGCCCCCCAACCACUUUCCCCAUGGACAAGUUGGUGGCCGUAUUUUAUACUAUUGGGACACCAUUUCUCAACCCACUCAUCUACACACUGAGAAAUGUAGAAGUGAAAAAUGCCAUGAGAAAGCUAUGGCAUCUCAAAAUUACCUCAGAAAACAAAAAAUGA